AUGGAUAUAGACUAAGAAGUAUAAUUGGAGGACAAGUCUAAUAUUUUGUGUGGAGGAAUAUAAAGAUAAAAAAUAUUUUAGCACUUGCAUGACGAAUUUAGUAAAUCUCCUUCUUAAUAAGAUCUUUCUUCAUUUUUUUAAAAGAAAAAAUAUGAAGAAGAUGAGCUAUUUGAAUCUUCUAACUAAAUAGAUUAAACUAAAUCUCUCAGCUUGAAUCAAUCACAUGGAUCCUAAAAAAUUCAAAAAAAAUCAAUUGCAUAUAAUGAAGAUUAAAGUUUAAAAGCUAAAAAUGAGGAGUCUUAAUAAAUUAGUUUUUAUAGUCAACAAAUUAAUCCCUAUGAAAAUAUUUAAAAUCUAAAUGUCAAUUCUAAAUUAUCAGAAGUUUUAGUAAAAAUUGAUGAAAAUGAUAAAGAAUCUAUGGGUUCUCAAAAAUAGUCACUAAAUUAUUUUUAAUCUCAAAACAAAAUGUAAACUCUUUAUCGAUAGAGCAGUAUUGCAGAAAAAGAGAGAUUAAAAAAUCUAAAUGUAAAUACAUCCUUUAAUGAGAAUUCCACUAACAAUCAAAGAAAAAGUUUAAAAGAAAGUAUGAAAUAAAGAAGAAUUUAACCUAAACAAGGAGGAUAUAGAGAAACCUAUUUUGGGAAAAAAUUUAAUACAAUUAGUGAUGAUAAUUAGUGGAAAAUUUUUGCUAAAAUGAGAAAAGUAAAAUAGUAUUGCAAAAUUCUAUUAGAAAAAAGAUUCUACUCGAACUAUAAAAAUCUCAAUUAAUUACACUUAAGUGCUAUAAAUGAUAAAAGUUAUAUCACAGAAACUAAGAGUAAAUAAUAUAUAGAAAAAUUUGAAAAAAUCCCAGUGAUAUAGCCUAACAGCUUGAUAGAGUAAAUUUGGGACAUUAUUUUAUUUAUUACUUUGGUUUAAUAGUACAUAGUCACAACAGUAACAUCAUCACAAAAAGAAAAUUAAUUUUGA